UUAAAAUAUUGUGAUUUAAACUGCUCAAAUAUAAUUUUUCAACAGAAUAAUGAUCUAAAGCACACAGCAAAACGUACUUUGGAGUGGUUUGAGGUAAAUAAUAUUCAGUUACUCAGUUGGCCAUCUGAACACCUUUGGAAUGAUGUAGACCGUCGUCUCAGACAGUUAAAUGUGGAAAUUAGGGGUAACGAUGCGCUAUGGGAACAUAUUUCAAAAAUAUGGAAUGAAACAUCAUUAGAGGCAUGUACAAAGUUAAUAAAUACAAUGCCAGAGAGAAUUAAUGAUGUUUUAAAAGCUGGAAGAGGGUAUACAAGGUGGUAG